GCCGUCCGUUCAGCCGGUGCAGCGGGGAACUAAAAUGUGCAAGCCAGCCAGGAAGAAACGGUCUUAACGUCGAACCAGACGAAAGCAAACACGUCUAACAGAUUGACACGUUCCACUCGGUGCGGGGAAGAUGACGAAGAGGUUCGAGUUCAAUUGGCAGAUCGAGGUACCGCUACCACUGCGUCACGGAUGCAUGUUCGACCGAUGGUCAGAGGAGAAGGACAACACCGAACUGGAAGUGAAUUGUGUGUUCAAGGUCGACGAAUAUGGCUUCUUCAUCUACUGGCAGAGCGAGGGAAAGGACGGGGAUGUGAUAGAGCUUUGUCAAGUGAGCGACAUACGUGCCGGCGGUGUGCCUAAGGACCCGAAGCUGUUCGACAAGCUCCUGACGAAGCAUGGCGAGCAGCUGGACGAGAAAAGUUUAACCAUAUGCUCCGGCGUAGACUAUACCAAUAUUAAUUACCAGCACGUCGUCUGUCCGGAUCCGGCUACGGCCAAGAUAUGGCUGGAUGGCAUACGAUCGAUUACGCACAACGUGAAAGCCAACAACGUUUGCCCGCUCACGUGCUUGAAGAAACAUUGGAUGCGGCUCAGAAUGCUGGUCGAUCCAAAUGGAAAAGUUCCGGUGAAAGUGGUCGCGAGAACUUUCGCGUCCGGGAAAACGGAAAAGCUCGUCUAUCAGUGCCUCGCCGAUUUAGGCCUACCCAGUGGAAAGAACGACGUAAUCGAGCCGGACGACUUCACGUUCGACGCGUUCUACGCGCUCUACCACAAAAUCUGCCCCCGGAACGACAUCGAAGAGCUGUUCCAGUCCAUCACCCAGGGUAAGGCGGACACGAUCAAUCUGGAUCAGCUGGUCACGUUUCUGAACGAGAAGCAACGGGAUCCGACACUGAACGAGAUACUCUAUCCCCUGUACGACGAGAAAAGGGCCAUGGAGAUCAUAAACGAUUACGAGCAGCACGAGACGGCGCGAAAUCAAAAAACGAUGACGAAAGAUGGUUUCAUAAGGUACCUGAUGUCCGACGAGAACGCGCCCGUUUUCUUGGACCGGCUGGACGUCUACAUGGACAUGGACCAAUCGUUGGCCCAUUAUUACAUAAACUCGAGCCACAACACGUAUUUGAGCGGCAGGCAAUUUGGCGGCAAGAGCAGCGUUGAGAUGUACAGACAGGUGUUGCUCGCUGGUUGUAGGUGCGUGGAGCUCGACUGCUGGGAUGGCAAAGGGGAGGACGAGGAGCCGAUAAUCACCCACGGGAAAGCCAUGUGCACGGAUAUCCUCUUCAAGGACGUGAUAUACGCGGUCCGUGACACCGCUUUCGUCACGUCCGAGUACCCGGUGAUUCUCAGCUUCGAGAACCAUUGCGGCAAGAAGCAGCAAUACAAGCUGGCCAAGUAUUGCGACGAGAUACUCGGGGACUUGUUGCUGAAAGAGCCCAUCAAAGAAUUUCCACUGGAGCCGGGCGCGCCCCUGCCGCCGCCGAGCAUGCUAAAACGUAAGAUCCUGAUCAAGAACAAACGACUGAAACCGGAAGUGGAGAAGCACGAGCUGGAGCUGUUCAGGCAGGGCCAAUUCGUCAUCGAGGACGAGGUGAAAGAGGACGCGAGUGCACCGCCAGCGGUCGCGGUCGUUGUCGAACAACAAUCGGUAAAGGAAGAGCCAACCGUGGUCGAGACCGUCGUUACGACGACCACUGGGAAUCAACCGCAGUCUGGCUCUACCGCCGGGUUGGGUGACAACUUGGAGUUGGCAGUUGUUCAACCAUACACAGGAAGCACGACAAAUGUGCAUCCGUGGCUCUCGUCCAUGGUGAACUACGCUCAACCUAUCAAGUUCCCGGGCUUCGACGUCGCUGAACAGAAGAACAUCCACCACAAUAUGUCUUCCUUCGCGGAAACCGCUGGCCUGAAUUACUUGAAAACGCAAGCCAUCGAGUUCGUGAAUUACAAUAAACGGCAAAUGAGCCGUAUCUAUCCGAAAGGCACUCGGGCGGACUCAUCGAAUUACAUGCCACAGGUCUUCUGGAACGCUGGCUGCCAAAUGGUGUCAUUGAAUUUCCAAACCGCGGAUCUACCUAUGCAGCUGAACCAGGGAAAGUUCGAGUACAAUGGUUCGUCGGGUUACCUUCUGAAGCCGGACUUCAUGAGACGGGCGGAUCGAAGCUUCGAUCCUUUCGCGGAGAGCCCUGUGGACGGUGUGAUCGCCACUCAGUGCAGCGUUCAGGUAAUAGCAGGCCAAUUCUUAUCCGACAAGAAAGUCGGAACGUACGUGGAAGUAGAAAUGUACGGUCUACCCACGGACACGAUUCGCAAAGAAUUCCGUACGAGGGUGGUCCCGGCGAACGGCCUGAAUCCCGUCUACAAUGAAGAACCCUUCCUAUUCCGAAAAGUCGUCCUACCAGAUUUGGCGGCGUUGCGAUUCGCGGUUUACGACGAAUCCAAUGGCAAGCUUCUGGGUCAAAGAAUCGUUCCUUUAGACGGUCUACAGUCGGGGUAUCGGCAUAUAUCUCUAAGAACGGAGGCAAACUUCCCAAUGUCGCUGCCUAUGCUGUUUUGUAACAUUGAGAUCAAGAUCUAUGUGCCUGACGGUUAUGAAGGACUUAUGGAUGCAUUGACGGCACCACGGGCCUACAAGAAACCGGAGAGCAUGUCGCAGAACAAAAUGAAGGGCCUUGGGAUAGAGGAGAGCGACAGCAAAGGAAAUGACUCUGCGCCCGCUCAUCAUCGGGAACCACCUAAACCCAGGGAGGAAAUGAAAUUCGACCCGAUAACGGUAGAAGUAUUACGGCAAGAGAAGGGCUAUCAGAAGGUACUCAGGAAGCAGCAAAAGGAGCUGGAAUCUCUGAAGAAGAGGCACCAAAAGGAAAAACUAACCGUCCAAAAGCAACACUGCGUAGCGAUAGAGAAGAUUAUCAAAGGGAAAAACAAAGCAGAACUCUCGAGGGAUCCAACGGUUCGUCGAGCGGUUUCCGAUCAAACAGUUCAGUGGUCUCGACUGGCCGAUAGGCAACGUCGCGAGGAACGUGAUUUGGUACGAUCUCACCUGGAGGAACGACGGAACACCUUGUGCAAACUGUGCGUGACUGCUCAGCUGGCCCAACAGAAGCAACUCGCGGCGCGACACGAGCGUGAGAUCAAAGAGAUGAACGCCAGACAGGCGAGGCUGUCGGUGGAAAGCAUGAGGGAGGUGAUGAACGACAAAACUCUGAAGACACGGGGAAUUAAGGAGGGUCGGCUCAGGGAGAAGCAGCAGAACAACACGAAGAAGUUCAUGGAGGAGCGAAGGAUCGCGCAGAGUAUUCAGAACAGGGAAAAAGAGAAGCUGAAAGUGAUUCACGAGAAACAACUGGAAGAAUUGCAAAAGGAUAUGAAUGCGAUCAUGGAUAUGUACAAAAACGAAGAGAUGGAGUACGAACUGGGCCCUAAAACCGAAUUCUACGUGUGAUAGCCGUCGCGGUUUGUCCUAUUCGUUCCUCUGUAACUAAACGAUUGCAGGGAAGUCGAGGUGCUGCGUUCAGAGUAUCCGCUACAAACGUUAAUUACUAUUGGAAUUGGGAUCAAGACUUGUUCGCCUACGUUCUCGGACACGCCGACGUUCCCGCGUAAUCCCGACGGAUAACGUCAGCGCCCCGAGAGCCGGAAGCAACAGAGAAACUCCGCGUUAAUCGUAAUUCUAGUUCAUUCUCCUGGAUAUUUUUUUAUAAGAAAGAAGCAUCUUCUAACUCUCCAUACUCUCCGUCGUCGC